AUGUCUGAUAAUACUACUACCAAUCCACCUGCUACAGGUGAUGUCAAAUCCUCAACUACCGUUGUUCCAUCAUCUUCAGAUGGAUCAACUACCAGCUCAGGUAUCAACACUCCAAUUGUCGCUGAUCAAGCUUCAUCAGACAAACAGAACGCACAACAAGCAUCUAGUGGUCAACAAUAUAACGCCAAUCAUCAAGGUUAUGGUAACAACAACCACAAUAAUUACAACAACAAUUCUGGUAACAACAACAAUUACUACAACAAUAAAGGCCAAUAUCAGAAAAAUCACACUGGGACCGGUGGAAGGCAAAACAAUUACAAUAACAACAACAAUAAUAAUGCCAAUCAAAAUAACAACCCAAGAUACAAUAACAACAGAAAGCAAUAUAAUAACCAGAAGAUGAACCACCACCAUCACAAUCAUCACAACCAACAGCAACCUCAACAAGCUUAUAUCAACUAUGGUGCUUAUAAUGCUGGUGCUCCAGCUCUAUAUGGAUAUUAUCCAUAUCCAGGAGGAAUGUAUGUUCAAGGAGUGCCAAUGCCAUAUGCCAUGCCAACUACAGCUCAACAAUUUGCGCCAGUUCCACCACCGGGUGCUUCCUCACAACCAAAACCAAUAUCCACGCCACCAACUCCUAAAAUCAAAUUAACUACAAAAGACGGUAAACCUGUGGAUUUAGAAGAAAAGAAGAGACAAACUGCAUCAUCCACCCCUGUUGGUUCACCACAUCCAACUGUUGCAUCCACUACUACUGCUACUGAGAAAGAAAAGACACCUACAACUUCCACUCUGACAUCUACUCCAGAAACCGAAGUCAAAUCCACUGGACUUUCAGCCGCCGAAGAAUUCAAGAGAAAAAUUAGAGAAAGAGCAGCUGCAGCUGCAGCCGCAGCUAAGGGUAAAACCGAAAAGGACAAGACAGAAUCUGAAGAGGCUGUUGAAUCACAAGAAUCAGCUACUAUGACUGAAAAGGAAGAGGACGUCAAAUCUGAAUCAGUUGAGCCAGUUGAAGAAGCCAAAAUCGAAGAGCCAGCUACUAAGGAACCAGAACAGCCAGUUGAAGAAGAAAAGCAACAACAGGAACCUGCUACCGAAGAAGAUGCCACUCCAGAAGUUGAUGUAACUGCUACCGAAGUUGCUGAAGUAGAUGAAGUUCAAAAAGAAGAGCAAGAGCCACAAGUCAAAAAGGAAGAAGAUAAAGAACAAGAGCCAGAAAAAGAAAUAGAAAAAGAAGCAGAAGCAGAAGGAGAAACAGAAGAAUCUACAGCUUCUGAAGAAGUUAAAGAAGAAGAACCAGCUACUGUAACUCCUGAAUUUGGUGUUUCACAAUUCUUGGAAAGAUUAAGUACUGCCACACCAAUUGAAGAUAUACUUGCUACAAAAUACCCUGAAGGUAUCCAAAGUGUCGAUAGUUCCAAACAAAUUCCAGGUAAGAAAUACAGAUACGACCCACAAUUCUUGAUCCAGUUCAGAGAAGUUGUCACAUAUAACAUCGACCCAGCUUUCAAAGCUCGUUUGGACUCUUUAGACAUACACGCAAAUGCCAUGAAACGCGCAGGAUCUGCAAGAGAUCCAUCACGUGGAGGUUUACCAGGUAAAUUUCCAGGAGGAGUACCAGCUAGAUUUAGUGGACCAGGUGGUAAAGGAGGAUCUCAAUUUGAUGGUGGAAGACAAAACUCAAGAAGUGGAUCUAAAAGAGGCGGUAGAGGUGCUUCAUCUAGAGAUAGAUCAACUAGAAAAGGAGGUCAAUCCAAGAGAGGUGGAAGAGGCGAAAGAGGUGAGAUGCGUGAAAAGACCGAAGAGGAACUUGCCAAGGAAGCCAAACCAGCAGAAGAAGUUAAACCAUUGGAAAAAUCUGCCAACAGAUGGGUUCCUAAAUCAAGAAUGCAAAAGAAAGAAGUUAAAGUUGCUGAAGAUGGUACUGUCAUUUUGGAAAAGGAAGAUGUUGAAAGAAAGAUUAAUUCUUUGUUGAACAAGUUGACAUUGGAAAUGUUUACAGCAAUUAGUGAUGAAAUUCUUGCUGUCGGUAACCAAGCUAAAUGGGAAAAAGACGCCGAAACUAUAAAACAAAUAAUAUCAUUAAUCUUUGCCAAAGCAUGUGAUGAACCACAUUGGUCUGAGAUGUAUGCUAAAUUGUGUGCUAAAAUGUGCACAACCCUUUCUAAUGAUAUUAAAGAUGAAAGUUCCACACUCAAGGAUGGUUCUCAUCCAGCUGGUGGUCAAUUAGCUAGAAGAAUUUUGUUGACUACAUGUCAAAGAGAAUAUGAAAAAGGUUGGUCUGAUAAACUUCCAACCAACCCUGAUGGUUCUCCAUUAGAACCAGAAAUGAUGUCAGAUGAAUAUUAUGCCAUGGCCGCUGCCAAGAGAAGAGGUCUUGGUUUAGUCAAGUUCAUUGGUCAUUUAUAUAACUUGAGUAUGUUGAACAACCAAGUCAUUUAUGUUUGUUUGAAGGAUCAAAGUAGAAACACAGUUGAUCCAUCAGAAGAUAGUUUGGAGAACUUGGCUCAAUUAAUCCAAACUGUUGGUCCUAAGUUGGAUUCUGAUGAAUCUACCAGACCAUUUAUGAGACUUGUUUUUGAUUACAUUGAACGUGUGCUUAAGGAUGUCAAAUUACCAUCAAGAAUUAAAUUCAUGUUGAUGGACAUGCAAGAUUUGAGAAAAGCAAAAUGGGUCAGCAAUAAGGCUGAUGCUGGUCCAAAAACUAUUGAAGAAAUUCACCGUGAUGCUGAAAUUAAAAAGAUGGAAGAAGAAAAGGCCAAGAAUGAAAAGAAGAGAAAACAACAACAAUAUGGUAAUGACAGCAGAUCUGGAUCAUCGAGAGGUGGCUCUUCCUGGAAUAACACCAAUAACAACCAAUCUUCUAAUUUUGUAAAGAAGUCAUCAUCUUUUGUUAAUGCUAGAGCUGGAUCUAACCGUAGCCCAUCUGCUCCAAGCGCUCCAAGUGCUGAUAUUCAAAGAGAAACAUCCAAGAGAUCUGAUUCUAUCCAAGUCAAUAGAUUUGCAGCAUUAGGUGGAGAUGACGAUGAUGAUGAAUAA